AUGGACCAAGUGGCCGUCGACCUGAGCGCCUUGAGGGAGCUUGUGCUUCAGCACCAGCAUCAGCAACGUCUGGCGAAUGACACCCAUGUGGGGGCGGACGCCGUGGCAGUGCCGUCCGCAGUGAGCACGAGCACCAGCGCUGCCACGGCGGCGACGACAGCUGACAAGCUGCGACAGUUGCAGCAGGAGCUCGGUGCGCUGACGGAGCAGCUGCAUGCAGAGAAGGGUGCGUCGGCUCAGCUGCUCUUGCAGCAGCGCUGCGACGCGGCCUCGAUGCAAGAGCUGCUUGAUCAGGCAGUACGCGCGGAUGAGAAAGUCGCAGACUUGACGUCCCAGCUGGUGGAGUGGAAGCGGCGGUGUCAGGCGGUCGAAGAGGCCCACGCGGGGUGCGCCGGUCAGUACGAGAGUGUGCGAGAGCAGGUGGAGUGCGUGCAACGACACGUGGCGGAGACGCAGGCGCAGCAUUCGGUGCUCACCGCAAGAGCCACAGAAGCCCAGCAACUCGUGUCGAAGCUGGCAGACGAGAAGGCUCAGCUGCAGGGCACAUUGCGCUCCCGCGACGCCGCCCUCCUGCGGCUCUCUGGGGUCGAGCUGGACCGAGAUGAGGCCCGCGCACGUGUGCAGGCCUUUGAGGCGCAGCACGCAGAGUGGGUGGCUGAGGUGUGCGCGUAUCAGCGCUACUUCGACUCCGCGCGUGACGAGUACGUACGCGGCCUGCACCACGUCGCCGCAGUGCGUCAGGAGCACGAGGCGCUGAGGGAGGCACUGACACAGAGCGAGGCGCGAUGUGUGCACUGGGAGAAGCUGUUUACAGACCUCCGCGUUGGUGCCUGCUCCGGGCUCGCGGCCACGCCAGCAGACGCAUCGACGGAGGAGGCAGCGGCAGACAUCUCCGGCGCGAGCAGCGCUGUCAUCGCCGUUGGUGUCGCAGAGGACGGCAGCCCCUCCAGCGGCAGCUGCUGCGACGCUAGUGCCUGUUUUGAUCACCCCACCUCCCCUUUGAACGCCGCCUUCGUGCCGCUUCUCGAGGCGAAGGUGGCGGAUCUUGCGCUGCGUCUCUGCGACGCCCAGACCCGCGCCGAUGCGGCGGAGCGUACCGCGGAGGACUUAUCUCGCUUGUCCCUGGCGGACUCUGCACUGCUGAUGCACCUCAAGUCCCUAGUUUGUGCUCUCCGUCCACAGGUCGAUGGCGUGGCGGAUCACAACGCACAGCUUCAGGCACGUCUGCUGGCCGCUGAGUCCUUCACCGACGCAUUGAUGCAGCACGUGGUGCGGCUCGGUGAGGCGUUUGCCGACGAAGCGAGUCAGCGAUGUUGGCUGACGACAGCGUCAUCCGCCAGCGCUACCGGAGGUGGCGGAGGUGUGGACGUGGUAAGCGGUGGCAGCGGUGGUCGUGGCAGCGAGACUACUCUUCCACCAGCGACGCCUCCCUCUGCCCUGACACAGAGUCGGCGGCACCGCCUGCGCACAAGAGUUCUGGGCCGGCGGUGA